AUCGCCGUCUAGUGCACAAAAUUCUUGUCCGAUUCCUAUUCAGUGGAUGGCGUUGGACCGCGAACAAACAUGUUCAUCGCCAACAUCAGUACCCACACUCCAGUAGACCGACAUGUGUGAUUGAACCUCAUGUGCAUUGAGGACAUGAUGUGCCUCACCCACGUCUGAGUGUCGGAUGCUAUCUCUACCAAGUGGCUUGUGCAGCACAACAUCCACCUUUGCAUUUGAAUGGGGCGCGUGGACAGGUUAACGAUGGCUGGUACACCUGGCCCCAACAGGGCUGCGGAGGCCAGUGCCAACACGGGCUCGCAUAGAACCGCGAGGUCUACUUUGCAACAGCUGCUCGCCCUCCUGGACAUGCUCAGGGUUGCCCUCCUGGCGAUCCUCAUCGUGCUCAGCUCGUGGUCGACGUGGACAGAUCUGUGGACCAGGUGGAUGGCAGACACUCCAGAGGUGCAGCAGAGACGGAUCGCGAAGAACCUGGACCUGACGUACAUGGCCGGCAGGGCCAUCGAUGCCGCAGAGGUGCGGAGGAAGAUCCAAGAGGCGCAACUCAGUGUGGAGACCAUCGCGAGCAAUUGCCAGACGCCUGAGGUCAGGGCUAUCUUGCUUGAGCGGGACAGAAAUGCGACUCGCGAGCGCGCAGGAGUUGGCAGUGGGAUGACCCAAUAGAUGGUAACGUCGACUGCGCCG